AUGACCCAGUCCAAGGCCGACAAGAUCAACGAGGUCCAGCAGAACCUCCCUCUCCCCGAGCAGCCCCCCGUUGCCUCCGACUGGCAGUCCGUGGACGCCCGCAACGUCAACGUCGGCAGCGGCGGCGAUUCCGAGCGCAAGAUCGGUACCGAGACGGCUGCCACCUCCGGUCUGAGAGAGCCCGCGUCCAAGGCGGCUGAGGACCUGAGCAGUGUUGGACGCCAGGGUGUUGAGGGAUUGAGCAGCGCUCCCAAGGACGCUGCUGCGAGGAAGCAUGGGAUAUGA